CGUGGGCGUAUCUUGAUGUUUGUUGUUUUAUCACAUAUGCGGACGCUACACAGUCCUUAGUAGUUGGUACAAUUUAGUAGUAAGUACCCGCUUUUGUAGAGCGCCUGUGAUACUUUAUUUGUACGUGGAAUUUUAGUAAUAAUAGUGAGAAGUAUUAUUUUUUUCCGCCCGAUUGUAGGAGUGUUGUGUGUCGUGCUCAGACGGAAAUAACUUUUUAUUUGGCGGUUAUUUGCUUGGCAGCGAGCUUCUGUCGCAAUAGACUAGACGGGAGUUUUCGUUAUGAGUCCGCCGUGCGCGGGCCAGCACGGCGGUAAUCGUCGCCGAUGUUAAGAUGCGUUCCCUGCUGGCGUACUACGCGGAUGCGGUGAUGGCCGUCAGCCGGGGCGCCGGUUGUGCCCUGGACUGCAGUGGGCGAGGCGACUGCAUGAACGGCACCUGCCUCUGCGAGAUCCGGUUCUCCGGGAAUGAGUGCGCCGGACCUAACCUGCCGUACCAUGCCUGUAUCGGCGGGGUUUUCCUCGUGGUUUCUUUCGUGUGCGCUGUGCAGCUCACGCUGUGUAUCGUGACGGAGUACCGGCGGCUGAAGGCGCCCAACCUGCUUCGCGCUUUCAAGGUCACCACACAGAAGGUGCUCUAUCUCGUCGCGUUCCUCGCCUCGCUAAUACGAGGCGCCUAUUUCAUAUCGCCUUCAGCAUUCCAGGAGACGUGGGCGACGAGCCUGCUCUCCGCCUAUUAUCCGUUACUUCUUUCCGGGUCGUCGCUCAUAGUCUGCUUCUGGGCUGAGGUGUUCCACCUGCGAGAUGUUCUCUGGGAGAGACAGAGGUUCCUCUCGAAGUCGUUUCUCGCGUUCGUCACCUUCAACGUGAUCAGCUAUUCGUUGCUGUUCGCCGAAGUGCUGACUACGAACAUUGCCAAAACUUCCGCUGAGAAAAAGAGUUUCUAUCAGCACGUGUUCAACGGCUGCUACGCCGUACUGCUGUUCAUCGUGGUAAUCUUCUUCCUCAUCUAUGGCGUCGAAGUCUACUUCAAGCUUCGCGGCGAAUUCCUGCGUCAAACGAAAGUGUGCACGAUUAUAACGCCCCGGCCAGGACCCUCCACGGCUGCUGACGGCGAGGAUGUCAAGGACACCCUUGUGAAACAGGGAGUACAGACAGACCUGGCAGAGGAGGACGGCACCGUAGACCCGCGCGUGGUGAACCAAUCACAACUGCACCAGUCGCGGCUCGGCCUGGUCAGCCAGGCGUCGAUGCUAAUACUCAUCGCCGUCUUCCUGGCCUCCGAGACAUUCAGCGAGUUCUGGAAGGCCAAGGUGCCGGUCGUGUCACGCAAUUGGCACGACCUGGUGUUCCGGCUGGUGGAGAUCGGUGUCACGCUAUGGUUCCCGUGCGUGCUGUGGAACUGCAUGGCGCCCGAGCAACUGUGGCUGCUCAACCCGCGGCGCUUGCUCGCCAGCCAGCUCGACGAGGCUCGGCUCGCGGACCUCCUCGCGCCCGACAACCUCAGAGCCGACACCAAGAAUGUGGAGACCGACUCCCUGGUUGGCAGCGUGGGGUCCUCGCGUGACUGCUGGAUCUGCUACGACGGCUCCCGCCAGGAGCCUCUCAUCCGGCCAUGUCGCUGCACCGGUGACGUGGCGGCCGUGCACCACGACUGUCUCAAGCGGUGGCUCAUCGAGAGCUACGGAACACCGGAUUGCAUGAAGUGCAAGGUUUGCAACACUCCGUACGUUGUGGAAGAAACAAAUAGACUGGUGUGGGAGCGUGGGUUCACGUGCGUGCACUUCUUGCGCACGAUCCUGGCCUUCAUCUGCAUGUCGUGCACCGGCCUGUUCGCGUGGGUCAUCGUGCAGUUCUACCCCACGCCUGUCACCAGGGUGCUCUGUACCGGAGGCGCGCUGCUCAUCUGUUACGUGGCUGCGAGAUACCUCGGCAUCAACACGUUGAUCGCUUACCGUCGUGCGCGCGUCGCCUCCAUACGGAUCGUAACAGAACAAUUGGAUCAGACGAACGAACAACUAUCGACCAUCAGCAAAACUGUCACCGUCGACAUAGCCUCCAAGAAUGUACUCGAACUGAAGGACGUCAAAUAGGACAUAUGCAGCUUAACGUGCGCACGGUACCUUGAGACAUGAACGCGUUGCAUUCGUAUACGAUGCAGGUAUCAUGUUAUCGUGCACACGUUGUGCUUAUAUCAAAAUAUACACGUUCGAAUGGAAAUCACAAAUAGACGCGCAGUUGUUACAGAAUAUCAAUUAAAUCAUUUAAAAGCUAAAUUCAGACAUGAAUAAAGCAAAUAUACAUAAAAUGUAUAUAAAAACAAUAGAUUAUAAAUAAUAGUAUGUUCAAACCCUCAUGUCCCGCGGAGCGAUGCAAUGUGUGGUGUGUUAUUCCACACUGGGCUGGUCCCUAUUCCGUAAGACCUAGAAAUAGGGCCGUCGUAAUGCCUUCGGAGAUGUGCAGGAGUUUUCAUAAUUGAACAUGCAAAACGGCCAAGAUAGAUAAUUAUGAACUAUGUAUAUUGCUAUCACAUUAAAAUACUAAAGUUAAAACAAUAACUUCAAUAUAUAAAAUAACAUUGUAUUUAAAAUAUUAAGUUAUUUUCAUAAUAUUAUCUCCUGGAAUAUUUAGGUAUGAAACAUCUUCAAUUAGUCAGACAAAAACCCUGUAUGAUGUUAAAAGGAAACAUUGAUUUUUGAAUCGAAAUCUUUCAAUAAAUUUGAGAUAAGUAUCCCUUCGUACAAAAUUAAACAUAUCGCCACGCUCUCAGAGUAUUGAAUAAAUGAUUCAGUGGUUUAACUAUCUAUAUCCAUACAUAUGGGACAGUGCAAAUAAAUUAUGAUUUGUGUAUAUUGUAGAAGACUGUCUUAAUUGCCAAAUUGUAUGUAAUUAAUUACUUAACAAUCACACUCUUAAAGUAUAAUUUAGUGGUCAAUGAAGUAAUGCUUUCUUUCCUAGGUCCUCGGACCAAUUAUUACACUGGACGGAGUGAUAGAUUCAAAUGCGUGCCAAUUGUUUACUAUGUGCGUAUGCCAUUUCUACUAGUAGUAGUUGUAGUCUUACUUUCAUACUGAGAACAUGUAAAUCUUUCAUUUUUAUCGAAUAUCUAAUACAAAAUACUAAGUAUAAUGAAUAUUAGCUGUUAUUUACUUACGUAUGAAAAUAUAAUAUGUUUUGAAUGAACAAAAUAAUGACAUAUUUUCACAUUCUAGAAAUGUAUGCAUAUUUCACUUAAUUUACGCACCAAAUCGCAAUGUUGUGACCGACUAGACCGACUCGGCGUCACCCAAGCUGACCCAAAUUACACAGGACAGUGCGACGUUGCCAACUUGCAUGAGUUAUUUUUAUUACUCGUGCAAAGAUUAAAGAUACGCAUAGUAUAAGAGCGGCAACAACUCAAAGCAAGUUAUAGCUCCGUCCAGAGUAAUAAUUGGUACGAGCCUAGGCCGCUUGGCUACUGGAGUGGAGGAGCUAAUAUUAACUCGCUGCAGGGGACAGUAUAGGAUUUACCAACUAGUUUAAAAAUUUAUUUAUUUGUAAUGCGAAGCGAUGACGAUAUUUCAUCACUGUAUAAUUAAACUGGUUACUUUUUAUAAGAAAAUAUGUUUUAGGGCGUGUUUGUAACAAAACCAGUCGUGUCGCGCUUCACCCGUUCGCCCUGAAUUUUUUUACCAAGUGUUACCAUAUCAAGUGAUGUUUAUUCCUAAUAUUUGUUUACUUAAUAUAAAUAAUUUAAUUGCAACAUUAAAAUAUCCGUGAAUUACAAUUUAUAGAAUAUAGAGGAACAAUAUUUAUUAAAGAAAAACAGACGUAACCCAAAAAAUAUAUGAAAGUAUUAUUAUGACGCCAUAUUUGUUUUACGAGAUGUAUAGCCAAUAUGUCGUUGAUUAUUGUUGGUUAUUGGUUGAUUAGUCUGUGACGUAAUUUAACUUAAUUAAGUAGUUUUAACUAACUUAUACUUAUACUGUAAUUAUUAAUUUGAGCCACAAUAAAACAUAGACUUAAUGUAACGUAACAAGAUGGCACGCCACAUAUUUAAACUAUUGAGUAUAUAUAUGGAGUGUAGGAAUAUUAUUGCAAGCGGUACUUCGGUUCUGAAUUAUUUUCUACUCGAAACAGAGCAAUUCGCAGUUAUUACGAGUUAUUGUUCGUAAAAUAUCUAUCAGAUAUUGUAUGAAGAGUUAUAUGCAACGCCCAGGCCCUUACCUCACUGUUCAAUGAAUACAAAAUCAAUCAUAAAUGCAUGCUAGAAAAUUUUACGUUUCUUGAAUUAAUUCUCUCUAUUACAUUACGUCGGAUCAUCACAACGCCACGUUCUGUACGUAUUACAAUUUACGACAAAUUAAAAAAAAUGUGUUGCAUUUAACUAUUUAUCGAAAAAACCUUUGAUUUAAAAACCUUUUAGCUGAGAGGAAAUAAUAGUGUGUUUGUUACUACCUAGUUUCGUUUAUAGACCGUUAGAGGCGCUGUAUAAUUCUUCAUACAUUUAUUUGAUGUUGGACCUACAAAGAAUACAUUAUAUAUCGAGGGUAAAUAAUUCGAUUAAAUAAUAGUUGUUUUUGCAACUGCCAAGUAAUGUGUGCUGUUGUAACACGAAUGCUAGGCCUGAUUACAUGCAUUGGCAUACAAUCAUUUUUGUAUGAUUUUGAAAUAAAUUAAUAGUUAUUUAGGUGGCUUUUACGAGGCAAAGCUAAAGAGGUGGUUUAUAGCAAACCGCUUCAUGUGUUACUUUUUGACUUGUUACAAAAUAAUAUUUUUUUUUCCCCACCUCGAUGAAAAACUCGCUUUAGGUCCCUGGUACGACAGAGAAAAGUGGCCAAUUCUCUCCCAGCAAGACGACUAAGCGAGCUAAUUCAUCCAGGUGAGAAAAAAAAUCGUAUACGCACCACGUGAGAUAAGUAGGACAUAACCACUCGCGUCUUUAUUCCGCGGGUGAGAAUGACCUACUUUUCUCCCUAGGUGCGUAUUAUACUAUUUUUAUACGCUAUAAGACUUGCACAGUGGUGCCAGGCGAUGAUAUAAAUGUAAUCAUCAAUAGAUGGUUAGAUCCUUAAUGUAUAAUCAGCACUCUAAAUUAAUAUCGUUGUAAAUGUAUCACAAAAACUGUGCCAAAGAAUCAUUUUGCGACGUAAACGAUACGUAAACACAAAUUAAAUUGUAAAAUCAUUAAUAUUAAAUUAAAGUAUAGAUAUCUAGAUUCUCGGCAGUUUAACGAUAGAAGACUUAGUUGUAAUUUAAUAUAUUUUCGUAACAAUUGUUAAAAAUUAAUAAUUUUAAUGUAGUGUAAGUAAGAAGUUCAAAUAUUGUAUUUUUUCAAUGUUGUUUGAAUUUAUGGUACGAUCGGGAAACAUAACUUGCCUGUAGACAUAUAUUGUGGGGAAAUAUAACGUAAGAUAUUUCCUAGCUUGCUGUAAAAUAUUGUAUAAACGAAACAACCUAAUAAAUAUAUUAAAAAUUCGAUCAAUGUUAUUGUUAAACAUCUUAUGGAUUUAAUACAAAACAAUUUAGAUAGAUAAAUGUAAAGCAUUACGAGAUAAAAAGAAAAUCAGUCAGUUUUUUUAUUGGACGUAUUCCAGAAAAGCGUUCCAAACCACAAUAAUGACGAAAUUGAGGAAAACAAAACUGGUCACGUGAUUCAUAUUAACGGACUGACAAAAAAUGGCAGACCUACUGUCACUUUUAAAAUGACAUGAUGGCUUAUGGAAUAUACUAAUAAUUAUUAAACUUUAAACACGAAUUCCUUAAAAUGUUGAUGAAGUUUGUGGCUUGGAACGUUUUUCAGGAACUACGAAACGUCAUUUAAUAACGAAAUUUUUAGUUGAUCUACUAUUAAUUGCAUACGAUUAGAAUUGUCUUAGCAGACUUUCAAUAAUAAAUACACGGUAAAUAGAAAAAAACUCUGAUUUUAAUGUUGCUCUACUGUUAUACUCUCUAUAACCGGUGUAACUGUAACCGAAAAAUAUUUGUAUGAGAAAUUACUUCCAAAAAGUUCACCCGAGGCACUAAUUAGACUUCAAACAAAAUUUUUCGUUUAUAUAAAUGGAAAAUAAAAAUAAUAGAGGUAAAAAUAUCAAAGGCCAAGAUUCUAGAACGAAUACAGAUGUAUGUUCUUCAACUUUAUGUAGAUACAUAGACCUGAAUCUUUUUAAGUCGUUACAAAGAGAUAUUGUAAUUAGCUAUGUAUAUCUUCACGAGAUGAUGCCUUAAGCGAUUUUUUAGUUUAUGUACAUCGAGGGAGGUUGAUGGAAAGUUUUCUUUAUUCACUUGUUUGUGUGUAAAUUCUAUCUAAUAAUAAAAUUGCUUAGAUUAUUGUUUGAUAGGUGUUCGCGCGCACUGCCGGCGUACAUGUUACAUACGGCAACAAAUACGACGCCAAAAUCGGCGUACUCGAGCCACUCUUGUUGUAAUUAAUCUGCAUCGUGGGCAGUGGUUUAUUAAAGGACUUGUCCCGUUUUUCCAUAGACAAACUAGUCCAUAGAGUGUGUUUUUUUUUUAAUUUUGCGGUCACUAAACAAAUCCAAACUACGAUGCCCUAUGAAACAUUAAAUUAGGCAAUCUAAAAUAGCUACUUCAAUAAUUUUUAACACUUGCGUUUUUUUGUUAAAUUAAAUAUCAAAGCUUCUGCCACUGUAUUUAAUAUAGCAACAUUACAAAGCAAAAAUAUAUAGUCUUUAUUACUAGCCUUAUGUCAACAUGGCAUUUAUGUUAUCUGCCUUCAACUGUCAACGCCAAAACAUUUGUUUACGUUUAUUUAAAAAAACAUUGCGUGCGUACAAAGUACACAUGUCAGAAGUGAAACCUGCAUGGAGCAUGAACCUCUAAACUGCAUAUGAAUUCCUGGUACGUGUUGCUAGGAUGACACAUGAUUUCAACCGCUAUGAAAGACAUUCCUACCACCACUAAUAUAUUAUAUAAUAAUAUGUUCUCCUGGUGUCUAUGUAAGUAAUACGUCGUGCGCUUGAAGUCAGAAUAUAUUAAGGUAUACUCGCGCCAUACUUAAGACAAUCUCAUCUUUAACUACGAUCGCCUGGUACCAAAACAUUUUAUUAUGCUUCCCAUCUCAUUAUCUCCCAUGUUAAAUAUUAUGAAUUGAUGUGACUGCUCUUUUUACUGUCGCUUUUUCGUUUCAUCGACUUUCAAAUCACAACGAUGAUAAAGAAGUUUUCACUUCAAUAGUAUGCAUAUUUCUGUCUCAUUCUUUGCCGGCUUCAUCAUUUUGUAUUUGUGUCUCUUACCUGUCGUUUUUCCGUUGCAUCCGUUUUGAAAUCACAACGAUUCUAAAGAAGUUUCAGUUCAAAAACGUUUGUUUUAUUAAAGGCUCAAUUACGGACAAGUCUUUUUAAGUCAUAAUCCACGUAGGACUAUAUAAAAUACUACCAGAUAUAGGAGACGCAUAUUAAAUAUACGAAUUAAUAUUAUUAAGUUGUACGGAUCAAUCAUUAUUGUUAGUAAGUAGCGCGGCACUUGUCGGAGCGCGCAGACACCUAUCAAUGCCCUGAAAAUAGUUAUUUAAAUAGUUUUUAAUACUAAUAUAGUAAAUAUUUUUAGAGUAGCUGUAGUUUUUUGCCAGCACUUACCGUUCCGGUUGUGUAGGUGGUAUUAAUAGUGGUAUAUUACAUUAGAGUUGGGGUCUUUUUGGGUUGCCGAAUGAUAUUUUUUAUUUAUUGACUAUUUUUUUUUGUACUUCUUUAGUUUUAUUGGCUAUUUAGGUUGUUGGCGACAUUUCGACUAAAAUUUGUCUUUGGUGCUUUUAUAUAUUUCAUUGAUCUAAGUAAGGAGAGAAAAUUGGUUUUAUUUUAUGACUAGCGUCAAUAAGGCACUUGUGAACGCCACAGUAAAUUCAAAUUUUAAUAUUUUUAUUCAAAAUAGGAUUUUAAAUCACUUAUAGUCUAAAACUCCCAUCCGUUCGAAAUAAUGUGCUUAAGAACUGAGAACUAUCAAUAAUAAACGCUUCGUUUUAUAACAAUUUUAUUAAAUAUUAAUAUUUAAUUUACACGACUAGUAAAUAUGUGUCAGACAGCACCGUUUCAAUAUAUUGUUAUUCUUUUUUGUGUAUAUACAUUUAUGUUUAAAUUUAUAUAUUAUUUAAUGAAUAGUAAAAGAUCUGAAUAGAAAGCGGCAUACACCAACCCCUAUGAAAAAUUAAAAGUAUUGUGUAUGAAAUGUCGUAUGAUAAAAAAUAUAUAACAAGUUAAUUGUAUAAAAACAGGUUGAUACUUGUUAUUAGCUCACUGAGUAAGUUCAAUAAAUAAAACUUAAUGGACACUAACACCAUGAAUAUGGCCAUAUUGAAUCUGCGUUUUGUUUUUGGUUUCAUUUGAUAUAUUUUAUAAUAUAACUACAAUUUUUCACGAAGUAAACAGAUAAACAUAGUUUUGAAAAAACUAAAAGACACGCUUUAGUUUAAAAGAUAAUGGUUGAAAUUUAAAAUUAACAUCAAUUCUUGCCUUAUUGAUGAUAGAUGAAAAAAAUUAUGUAAAUUAACAAAAAUCUUUUAUUGCAAAUUGAAAAAUAGAAUAAUUUUUAUCAAAUUAAUGUAUUGUCAUUCAGUCUUCGAUAAAUCUACGAAAUUUGAACGAAAUCUGGGUUUUCAGUUUAAAGUGGGUCAAAAUCGUUCGUUACAAACAAACAUACAUACAGUUGAAGCUAAUAAAAAGCAUGUAAAAAUUGCAGAUUAACUUUGAUAUAAAACACUUUCUAUCCGUUAAAUAAAUGGCUGGGGAUCGCUUCCUAUCCUGAUCUUUUCUUUAUAUUUCGUUCGAAAAAGUUUCAAUUUGAAAGAAAAAGAUUAAUAACGGCUUUGCAGACCCUAAGUUUAGAAGUAGAGAUUUGUUGAUUCGAAAGUAUUUUUGUAGUGAAGUUACAUAAAUAAAAUAGAUGUCAGGUUUGAUAUAUUUUUUUAGUUUAUUGGCCAAUACAGAACAAACAUAAAUUUUUUUAUCAGAUGAGUACCAAGAAAGGUUUAUCUGGGUACAAAGAGUAUCAUUCACAAAACCUAAUCUUUGUCAAGAAGUGUCUUAUAAAGCGUGUUUUGAUUUUCGAGGUAUUUAUGUACUUAUUUCUUGCAGCUGUUGAUGUAUAGAACAAGUUACGAGACGACCAACACGGUCACCUGGUGGUGGGAGAUACGCCCCAACCAUAACAAUGCAGGGCCGCCCAGUUAUUCUUGUCGUAACCCCAAAUCGCGCUCUUAAUUUUGAGACAUAAGAUGUUAAGUCUCAUUUACCCAGUUAUUUUACUACUAGCUGCGUUGCCCUAAAAAUGGAUAUAAUAUCUAUAAUAGCUUGCACAUUACAGCUUAGCGAAACUCUCUAAGGAAAAAGCGAUUGUAUGAAACGUGCAGUGAUUGACAGAUGACGGCUAUAAUCUUGUAAAAAACGGAGAUAGCCGAAAUCCACCAGUUAUACUUCGUCGCCAUAUUGUAAAUUGUAAUUACUAUUUCAAACUUAUAUGUCAAAUCUCACUGCACGUUUCAUACUAAACUAAAUUUCAAUUGUUACUUAGUUACUGCGUCACGGCAUCCUGCGUGAACAAGCCUACCACUUACUGGUGUAAGAUAAACGAUAUUGUUGUUUUAAAAGACGUUAAUUAGAAAAUAUGAAACACAAAUAGCUUAGAUUAAGUACUGGUCUCCGCUGCGUUCCAAUUAGAUACCGCACUACCUAAUAAGAAUGAUAGCUUUUUUAUUACGGCAACUAUUAGAUGCUUGUGUGCUGCGUGGCAUCUUGACAAUCAAUGGCAUCUUUAAAAUUUUCUAACAUACGCUUCGUGCUAUCUUACAUUGAUAUUAAUAAAAUACAAAAUACUUACUGGUGAUAAUAUGUGAUCCCAGUGUCUUUCCAAUUUCUUGUAGUAUUAUUUUUACAAAGAUUUACCACGAAACCCGACAUUUUAGUUUCAAUUAUAAGCAAAAUUAAACAGAACGUGUGGCACGUCAACGUCACACAUUGUUCGAGACUGGCUCGAGUAUACCCACUUGGGUGUAGUAUUAGUUGCCGCACUUUGCGACUACGCCUGCGGUAUCUAGUUGGAGCGCAGCGGAGACCAAUCCUUAAUUUUAGAGAAAUAGUGUAGUUAAGUAUAGAUUGAACUAUGGUAUAUUUGUUUUUAAAGUAUCGUAUAAUGUAGUACGUACCUAUGUUUAUAAAAGCAAUAAUUAAAUAUUUGAUCUCUCAUAUCAGACGUUGACUGGUAUAUAAAUAAUAUUUUAAUUAUAGUUGAUUUGGUAACGAAAUACAAAUAUCUAGUACACAA